CAGCAGCAGGAAGAGGGGUAGGUGCGUCUCUCGCAGCCGCCGCUUCCCAACAUGAUGGAGCGGUACACCAAGCAGGAGAAGGCCGGGCAGGGCACCUACGGCGUGGUGUACAAGUCCUGGGACAACGAGACUAACGAGUUUGUUGCCCUCAAGAAAAUCAAGGUGGAGCUGGAGGAUGACGGCAUCCCCGGAACGGCCCUGCGCGAGAUCUCUCUUCUCAAGGAGCUCGUCCACCCAAACAUCGUCGAGCUCAAGAACUGUGUGCACAGCGAUGCGAAGCUGUGGCUCAUCUUCGAGUGGGUAGACCAGGACCUCAAGAGGUACAUGAAUUCCUGCAAGUCGAACCUGGACCCCAUGCUCAUCAAGUCUUACAUGUUCCAGAUGAUGAGGGCUCUUGAGUUCUGCCACGGCCGAGGGAUCAUGCACAGGGAUCUCAAGCCCCAGAACCUGCUGGUUAGCCGCGACGGCACCCUCAAGAUCGCCGACUUUGGCCUGGCCAGGGCCUUCUGCCCCCCCGUGCGCCCCCUCACACACGAGGUGGUUACGAUCUGGUACCGCGCCCCUGAAAUCCUUCUUGGCAGCAAGACCUACGCGCCGCCGCUUGACCUGUGGUCGGUCGGGACCAUCCUUGCGGAGAUGGUGACGAAGACACCCAUGUUCCCGGGUGACUCGGAGAUCGACGAGAUCUACAAGAUAUUCCGGGUCCUGGGAACACCGACAGAAAGCAGCUGGCCGAACGUCACGGACCUGGACGACUGGAACGUUGGGUUCCCGAAGUGGCCUCGCAUCGGCCUCGCCAGGGAGUACGCCGAUCUGGGGGAGAUCGGCAUCAACAUGCUCGAGCAACUGCUGGCGUACGACCCCAAAGCUAGGCUGUCGGCGAAACGCGCGCUCAAACAUCCCUUCUUCGACGACCUGGACAAAGCCUCGCUCAUGUGAUGGAAACAUGGAAUUCAACACCCUUGCUCGAAUGCGACUAGAGACACCUUCCUUCGCGUGUGCGCGUUUGGAGCACCUCGUGUAACGUUAGGCAAACAUUGCGAGUUCGCUCUGGUAAUUUGUUGUAGUGACGAGGUUUCUCGUGGGGCGGUUGGACAUCAAACAUCAUCAUCAAUCGUAAGAAUCAAAGGCUAGCUAAUAAAUACCCCUUUCCUUGGAGGAAGUACAAUUUGACUUGAUCUGUAGACUAGUGAGGUGCCGUGCGGAAUCGUCCGGGAAGUGCGCCGUAUCUGUUGCGGUUGGACUCCGCGAUUGUAUGCAAGAGCGUGGGUUAGCUUGUACGGCACCGCGGGCAGUAAUGCUGCAGUACAUUCCGCGUGUUAAAAUGUCAUUUCAUGUAUGAAAACCUUCCCCUAAAUCUCGGCUCUUCUCCUAGCCCCUGUGAUUUGGCGGCGGGGGACACGGGAGGGAGAGGGGGUGACGCUGUAUGUUUGAGGGCGUACGGGGGGCGCUUGAGCUCGUGGAGAGCAAGAGAGCUAACCCCUGUCGCUGGUGGGCGCGUUGGCACACUGUUUCUAGGUUAAAUUAAGAGAAGGAGCUAUCGUCUAUUUUAGCUUCCACGUCUGGCUGCCCACGUCCUGGUUGUAUGGUUGGGCGGAUGGAGUGUGUUGGUUCGUCUUGACUCGGAGGUGUUCUGCCUUAAUACAAUUAUCUGUUUGGUCGGGAAAGGUAGCGGUUGCCGUGGGGAAUACCGUUGUUGAAGUAUCAGCAUCAUCACGUUCUUGCUGCAUGGGGCAAAGGGCCUUGCAUCGCACCUUAGUCCCCGUAUCAGCAGUAGCUUUGUUCCCGAGACUUGUUUUGUUGUUUCUCCACUGCCUGACGUUUCUUUUUCUCGUCGGAGUAUGCAUGCGACGAACAUUCUCUUGGUUUUGUGGUCGUACCCCCCGUGAGCAAUCUGCGCAGGUUAGUCUCGUUGGGAAGCGUAUCCUGCUCGCGGGGGCUAGGGGGUGAGUUAAAGCGAUGGGUGUGUCCCGUUGGCUAGAGUCGCGAAGUCGGUUUGUGUUCAAGGAUACCGGGGGCUUCGUCGAGGACGUCCGCACGUAGGGGGGGGGGACCUGCGCUUUCGAAUAUGUCGUUUCGUGUUUUCUUGGGCGAGCGUUAAGUCGAUUCUCCCUGGAUCUACAUAGAAAAUGAGUAAACAACGUCCAAUAUUCGCUGCCAUGUUGACGCGAUUAGUUCUGCUGUGGAUGUGGUUCCAAACCUCGUGGUGCGCCGUCCACCUUGCCUUUGCAACGAACGUAAUGCCGGUGGACUAGUGCUCCUUGAAAAGGCUGCUCCUGCUGUAGACCAUUCGGCCGAACUUGCUCAGAUUACACCACCCCGUGCUGAUCUAACCAAGGAGAGCAUGAGAUACGUCAACCCACACGCUUGCCUCUUCGACCCUAACUGUACUCCGAAAACUCGUGCCAGUCAGGUCUGCGUGCAGCGCAUCAACCAGCACUCCCGCAGACGACAAACGAUUCUAUGACGCCGGGGUGAGGAUGCGUGCCGAAGGUGCCGUCAAUACGAUCGUGGCCGGCACGCGCAUGCCCCCGCUUUCCGCCACUUCCGGCACGUCCUCGAGCCCGGUGACGAAUAUCGACUCCCCUGACCCCACCACCGGCAGGGGGGUCUCGCACACGCCCCCUCUCGCCCCACCCGCUCCCCCGCAC